CUGUCAUAACUGUGUCACUGCUCAAUAAUGCCCCCGAGCCUGUAAUUUUAAAUUAUUCUCACAUAAAGUCAUAAAUGUAUCAGAAUUGGAUUCUCCCCAAAGAAAAAAUGCUUACUACCAUCAAGGAGCUUCUUGACGCUCUUGGAUGUAGUUUAGACGCCGACACGGUGCUUGAGUAUAUUCAGAACGAUCCUAACUAUGGCAACAGCAGUCUCUCAUCCAAACAAGUGAACGAGUACGCUCAGAGAUUAGCUCUGAAAGCUUCCAACGCCAAAGCUUUCAUCAAGAAGUAUGAAGAGCUCAGGAAUCGAAACACUGAUAACUUACCAGAUAUUAUCUUGCUGUUCUACAAACUGGUAUAUGAUGAGAAACGGACUAAGGCUUCAAAGCCAAAAGUAGCACCAAAGCCUAUUCUAGGGGAUAAUAAACACCAAAUCACCAAAGAAGACCUUCCUCAGAUCAAAGACAAGCUACUCAAGGCAGUAGAUGAAAGUAAAAAGUAUGUGAUGAAGUCAUUUGAAGAGAAGGAAGCGCGGCUGCGACCAAACUGGUACAACAGCCUGGACCUACCCAACUGGCAGAAGGACCACCCUGCCAUGUCAUGGGACUUUCCCAAGGAGCCCGUCGCUAUCACUGCUUCGUUGGCUGGCAUUCCACUGGCUUCACAGGAGAACAUGAUAAUAGAUGACCUCCUGUAUGUAUUCUCUGGGGUCCCUGGCAACUACAUAGUCCACCAGCCAACAAAAGACACUUACGAGCCCAGGAGUUUCAACAUAUCUGAUGACUUAGAUGAUGCUUUGAAGCAGAUAGUGCAGCAAAUGUUACCGCUUGCUUCGAAUUAUUCAAUAGUGAGGCGGUUCAUUGAGCAGUGUGAUAUGUGGUCGGGACAAGUGCUCCAUGCUUUGGUUGCUGCUAUUGAAAUACUGUUGAAAGAUUAUUAUACAAUGCUAGCCCAGUUGGAGACGGAGCACAUGUCGGGCGGGCUGACGCUGCAGAAGCUGUGGUACUUCGUGCUGCCCACCAUGCACACCAUGCAGGUGCUGGCGGCCGUCGUGACGCACAUCGGCCAGAGCGAGCUCCGCGGCGGCAGCGUGUUGACCGCGCUCCACGACAAGACCAACAAGCUGCUGGGCGACACGCGUGCCCAGGAGAUCUCGCUUUUCCUCACCGAGCGAGCCUGCAAGCCCUUCUUCAGUAUCCUGGACCAGUGGAUCCAUAAGGGGGUCAUUGUGGACCCGUUUCAGGUUAUCAUGAUAGAGGACAACGAGCUGGUGAACAAGGAGGAGCUGCCGGUGGACUACUCGGCCGACUACUGGGAGAAGCGCUACAGCGUGCAGCGCGACCGCGUGCCCCGCUUCCUCGACAAGUACACCGACAUCAUACUGCGCACCGGGAAAUACUUGAACGUCAUCAGCCAGUGUGGCAACGCAAUAAUGAAGACUAACGUAGAAGAAAUAAAGUACUCUCUAAUAGAACAGAACUACAGCGGCGUUAUUCAGAAAGCGUUCGCGUUCGCCAGCAAAUCUCUUCUGGAACUAUUACUCAAAGAGUAUGAUCUCAUGGGCCGUCUCAAGUCGGUCAAGAACUAUUUCUUCAUGUGCCAGGGAGACUUUAUCGUGCAGUUCAUGGAUGCGACCGAGCAAGAACUGUCGAAGAAGAUUGAUGACAUCAUUCCGUCCAAGUUGGAGUCAUUAUUGGGGCUUUGUUUAAGGCUUUCAGCGGCCAGCCACGAUCCUUACAACGAGGACAUGCGAGUGGAGUUGCUCCCAUAUGACCUUCAGUUCCAAAUGUUCAAGAUUCUCUACAUAGAGACGGAAGACGAGAAAGAAUACAAACAGAACAAGGACAGUCCGCCGCUGACCGGCAUCGAGACGUUCACGUUCGGUCUGGAGGUGAAGUGGCCCGUGUCCCUCAUCCUCAACCACAAGGCCAUCGCCUGCUACCAGAUGAUAUUCCGCCACCUCUUCUACUGCAAGCACGUCGAGAGACUCCUCUGCAAAGUGUGGCUGUACAACAAGGUGGUGAAGCGGUUCUCGGAGGCGCGGCUCUACGCGGACGCGUUCGCGCUGCGCCAGCGCAUGCUGAGCUGCAUCCAGCACCUGCAGUACUACAUGUGCGUCGAGGUCAUCGAGCCCUCCUGGUGCCAGCUCAUACACAGCCUGGAGAAGGUGAACAACGUGGACGAGGUGCUGGAGCGGCACAGCGACUUCCUGGAGCAGUGCCUGGGCGACUGCAUGCUCACCAGCCCGCAGCUGCUCAAGGCCGUCACCACGCUCUGCCAGGUCUGCGUGCAGUUCUGCGCCUUCAUACAGGAGGCGGGGUGCGGCGGGGGUGGCGCGGGCGGGGGCUGCGCGGACUCGUUCUCGCGCUCGGUGUCGCGCUACGCGCUGCGCUUCACGGCCGCGCUGCUGUCCGUGCUCGCCAUCACCGACCAGAUGGUGCGCGACACCAACGCCAACAAACUCCUCAACAUCUCCUCCAGAUUGAACUUCAACACGUACUACGCGAAGCAGCUGGAGAAGUUCUGCAGCGACGACAAGAUGCUGGACGGCGAGAAGAAGGCCUCCUAGCGGCGGGCCGUGCGCUCGCACAGCAAGCUCAUCACGCCCGUGUAGACCCGGCUCGAGAGGCCACAGAGACUGCUGCCUUUUCUUCGUUACGGAGCGUUGAUCGGCAUCUUGGCUACGCACCCAGCAGUGUGAAUAAGGGCUGAUUUAGACGAUGCGAGAAAUCGCAUGCGAUUUUAAACUGCAAAACGUAAUUCAAGACCAAAAUAGUAAGACAAUGUUGCCACUGCAAUAAUUUGUUUGUUACAUAGUUCAUUCCUUUUGAUAAAUAAUCACGCUAAGAUAAUUUAUUUAUUAGUUAUUUUACUCCUACGAUUCAAAAAAGUACUUUUAUUUACUUAUUUUUACAUAAUUACAAGACGCGCUAGUAAAAAAGUGGCAACAUUUACAACUUUUUUUGGUCUUGAAUUACGUUUUGCAGGUUACAUUGCUGACUCUUGAUGACAUCCAAUUCAACCGACCGAUCAGAUACCGCAAUGUAAUGAAACUCGCAUGCGAAUUUUUGCAUCGUCUAAAUCAGCCCUAAUGGUGAACUUCCCUGAUUGAAAAGAUAAAAACUCUAACCACAAGCUGAUAAGUUAUAAUAAUAAGCUGUAGACAUGAACAAAUAAUCAUUUUUUUAAAUUUACAAUUAUGUACUAAAUAAUAGUCAAAUGUAAAAUAACUGAAUCUCCUAGACCUAUGUAAUAACUUCAACAAUCAUGUAGGUACACACAUAACUAGUUACAUGAGUACAAAUUAAUCGUAUUAGAAUCUCUCAAUCAUUGCAAUAUUUUUAUAGUAACAAUAGUUUUACACGGAAAUGAAUUAAAUCAGAUCUUUCCCAUAUUUUUGGGAAAUUGUAAUCGAUACAAUAAAUUUUCAAUUGGACAACGAUCACAGUAUUUUUGAUAUUAAAUUCAGUAUUCUAUCAUUACGUGUUAGUACCUAUACUCGUAGUACCAACACAUAUUAAUCGAUAUUAUCAACUAAGUCACAAAUUAACUUGCCAUUGUAGUUUAUAAAUAUAAUAAAGGCCAUGACAUUAGGUAGUAACAAAGAAAAUUUGAAAUAGAGGUGGCUUGUCAAAGUAAAUGAUGUAGCCAUUGUCAAUUUACUGCCAUCUUUCGACAGAAGAUUAGAACUGUUAGAACACCAUUAGACUUUGAUCCUUAUUCUUUCACUGAUAUGUGUUAACUUGUUAAACUUUGAUAUUAACCCCAUCUACUGGACACUAUGCAAAAAGUAUGGUGCAGUCUUUUCGAGCGAUGGCGCCAUAACCUACAGCCUACUCUCUAACACUGAAAGAAUAAGGAUCAAAUCAAAUGACGCUCUAACAGUUUUAAUAUUCUGUCGAAAGAUGGCAGUAAAUGUACUGUGGCUACAUAAUUUACCAUGACAGUAACUCUCUAUACACUCUAUUCUCUUUGGUAGUAAUAAAUGUAUCAAUCUAUUGUGAAAUGUUCUUCCAGAUUCUUGUGUUCAAUGUAACUUCCACCUCUUGGUGUAUUCCCAAUUGUCCCUGUAUGCCUCAUGUAUGGCGGCGGUGACAAAUGGGAAUACACUCGUCUUUUGAUCGCUACAGACGGAAAUUUUAAAAUGAUCCUUCAAGCAUUCCAAUACGGUUGACUAUUGCGUGUUGUUUAAUAUAGUCGUGGCGAUCAAAGGCUUUUUCCAUUAAUUUAGACUCUUUAAAAUUAGGGCACACUUAUUAGUCUCUUCACAUUUUAAAAUAUGUACCUUGGUUCUUGUCUCUAAAUUAAUAUUAGUUCACUCACAAUCAGUCGUGCUAAUAUCGAUACACGAGCAAGCGAGAGAUUCCAAAACUAAAAUUGGAAUUUAGAGCCUUGCGAGGGUUCAGGGGUUAAACAAACUUUGCUACACACAAAAUCUUUCACUACAAGAAUCUGGCGAAUCGGGAAUGCUUACGGCUCGACUACUACAUUGAGCGACUUGCGACGGCGGCAGCAUUAAGCGUAGGUUGGAGCGAAAUACAGCGAUCGGACCUUUCGUUCCCACCUAUAGUUGUCGCUGCCGCCGUCGUCAGUCGCGUAAUAUCGUGGCCGAGCCGUUACUUCUGCGGAGUUUUUUUUUCUUAUCCUACUACAGCCAUUUUAUCCUUGUUUUUUAUUGGCUGUGUAUUAUUGUUGCAACCAAUUAGUUAAUGUAGUACCGUGUUGCUUAGCUUACUUAUGUUCGUUGACCGUAUGUGCCAUUGUUUGUUAAGUUGUAAUAAGCUUAGAGGUGUGUACACUACUUCAAGCCAAGUGUCUUCGUAAUUGGUGUAUAAAUUGCUGAAUUUAUGAAAGAAUACCACUCCCAAUGCGAUUUUAUUUGUCAAGUGUAAUUUCAUUUGUUCCCAAAUUUCGAGAACAAAGUGAAGUGAUAAUAAUUAUGUAUUAUAAUAUUUUUCUUACUUAUUCCCAACCGGUUGUUAACAGCCAGUGGAAACAACUUGUAGGCAAUGUCUGGGAAUAACCAAAGUAACUUUUAUCGCUCCAUGUGUAUAUUCGUCUUAUUUUAUUUCAUUGACUUGUUUUUGUAUUACUGUCUAUUCGACUUACUGAAUUAAUUCGAGUUUUGAAUUACUGAAUUAAGAGUUUCUUUACGUUCAAUAUUACAUUAUUACUCAUUUUAUUCUGUAAACCAUAUGUAAAUACACAUCUUUGUUGGCAUUAUAAUAAACCAAACUAAUACCUUC